UCUUUGGUAUUGAAACUGAAAAGUUUCUGAGCUGUUAGCAUUGAAAGUGAAAACUACGUCAAGAGUUUCGAGUUUUCUGCUGUCAUCAGCAGCUGCUCAGCGUUGCAAGCACAUUGAAUGACACUUGACGUUGAAAAUAAAUAUUUCUGCUUAGCACUGCAGUUGGAAAUGUUAUAAAUGCUCGACCCCAAUCGCAAGCGCUGCGCAUUAGCGAAAUUUUCGUGAACCUCAAGAGUUGAUGCCAUGGCAGACAGCAGACAGAUUGAAGCAGUUGCAAUUGUUUUCACAUUGAUUUUUGGCUUAAGCUUGGCCCUGCCCUAUGCCAGCAGCGGUAAUGACAUUGACGGCGACAGCAACUAUCAGGGGAAUGGCAGACAAGUGGAUUAUCACACAGUUGUGGGGCAUUUCAAAGAUUUCUUUAUGUAUCUGCCUGUGAUGAUGACAACGAUAAAGGAGACCAUGUCGGGCUUUCCCAAAUUUGCAGAGGGCAUGCGUAUAUUAACGUCGGGCAAGGGGCGCAUCGAUGGCGAGGACUGCAAGUGCAGUCAGAAAAGCUUUGGCGACUCAAGCAGUGAGCUGCUGGAGAAUAGCAGUCGAUUUGGCUGACCCAACA